GGGUGAAGCCGGCCCAGCCCCGCCGCAGCCCGAGCGGGCUGGCCCCGCACCCCCGCCCCGCCCCGCUCCCCCCGCGCAGCCCGGGCGGGUCGGACCGGGCGGGCUCCGGCAGCAGCGCACGAUGGACGUGGCCGUGGACUCGUACCUGGCCGUCUCGCUGCUCUUCACCGUCCUGGCCCUCGUCCUCGCCUCCGUCUUCGUGAGGCUGCGGGGAGGCGCGGGGCAGCAGCCCCGGGAGGCGGCGGAGCCGGCCCGGGAGGGCGGCCCCGGGCCCCGAGCGGCGGCGGAGGGAGCGGGGCCGGGAGCGGGGCCGGAGGGCGAGGCGGGCCGGGUGCCGGUGGAGGAGGUCGGGGCGGGCGAGGAGGGGAAGGAGGCGGCCGGCGAGCCCCGGGAGGCGGCGGCGGAGCCGGAGCCGGAGCCGGGCCCCGCGGCCGAGCCCAGCCCCGCGGCGGCCGAGAGCAUCCCCCGGCAGGCGCCCGCCGAGCGCCGGCAGCCCGGGCACCGGGAGGAUGCGGAGAGCAAGAUACCACCUUUGGGUGCCUCACCUGGGUCCAGCCUCGGGCACACGGAACAAGCAGAGGAUGGAUGCGGCCACGCGGCGCUCGCCAGCAAGGCAGAGGAGGAAGAUCCGGACUCAGAAAACGAGAAGCUGGUGGUGAAAGAGCCAGGGGAUGAGGAUGCUGCAGAUGAGACAUUCUCUUUUAAAUACAGCCCUGGAAAGCUGAGGGGAAACCAGUACAAGUCAAUGAUGACCAAAGAAGAACUCGAGGAAGAACAAAGGAUUGAGCUGACCUCUGAUCUCACAUCUCUGUAGCAAAUACCUUAGGUCCUCGGCUGCAAACAUUCUUGCAAAUCUUUUUGAACUGAAGACUAUAUGAAGUUGUCCCUAGCCUCCUCCUAAAGGCAUCCCUUGGCAUCUUUAAAGGCUUGAGAGAAAUACCAAAACCAACCAAACACACCCAUAAGAGAAAUCCAUAAACCCUCAAAACUUGGGAUCCCCUCUUGGUCUGAAGUUGAGUUCUUCAAAAACUCCUGUGGUGUCAAGUUUGAGGAGAUCCUGUUGUGUGGCUCCAUGGAUUGGGGCUGGGCCCAAGCAGUGACUGGAGUUGUGUUUGGGGGACUGGGACGUCCUAGGAUAUGAACCUUCUUCCCCCUCCCCCAAACAGAACCCAGAUUGGAUAUGAAAUAUGCAGCGAGUCUAUUAGUUGUGUUCAUUACCAUGUAUUAGGCCUGCCAUGAAAUCCGUGUUGUUCCUUUAUUGGGGUGGGUGAGCCAUAGCUCUUCUCCCAGACCAGCCUGGACCUUAUACCAGACUAUGAAGUUGUUUCUUCCUGGGGCCAAACUUGUCUUUAUUGCUGAGGAUGGGAACUGCCCAUGAUUUCAAAUGUUGUACAACGCUGCUUUAUUCUGAGGAGUGGAGGGACAAAGUGGCGUCCCAGUGAGAGAUGGCAGAUGGUAGCUGGAUUGACUCAAAUCUUGCUUCUGUAGUUACUUUAGCAGAGAGCUGAUUUCUGUAGGUAGACAGAAUGACUUGAGAAGUGAUGAAGAUUGAUAGUUUAGCUGUUCUGCUUGUGGUGGAGGUUUAGGAGACCACACUUUGGCUGCUGUUAAUAUCUGGAUUCUCACUUUUCCCUACUCCGGUUCCCAAGAGGAGAGACCCAAGGAGGUAGCUAUGGGGUGAGGGGUUCCGUCUGGCUCAGGAUGAGAUUGUGGGGGUCCUGGAACAGACACCCUCCCCAUUCCUCUGCCUGCUUGCUGUUCCAGUGCCCCUUCUCUUGCUAGCCCUGUGGCUUGCCCACUGGAGCCAGAGCUCCGCAUCGCCCCUCAGCUCUGUCACUUAGAGAAGAUGAAUUCGGCUGGGCGUGUGUACCUGCUUCAGACAUAGCAGGUUUCAAAUCAACCGCAGCUGGUUUGUAAGAGAAGAGGGCCUAUGUCCUCUAACGACGUUGUAGGAACACCAGGCUGGGUGGGAAUGUGUCCUUCAAAGUUGCUCUCUCACUGCAGGACAACUGCCUCCUGGCUGACGCUGCAAACAUAUCAGAAACCCAACAGGCUGCUUUUUGUUUUUUCUUUUCUCCUUUUUAAUUCCUAUGCAGACAAUACUUGAAACCUUGUACACAGUUGUCCUUUCCAGCGCCUAGGGGUGGCAAACUCUUCAUAAAAGGGCUUAUUUAAAGAACAGCAGGAGGCUUCAGCUUUAGAAGAGGCUGGGCUGCCCCUUCCCAGCCGACAACUGCAAGCGUGUUCAGUGGUUUGCAUAUGAAUUUAGGCACAUCUGGACCCUCUGCUUCAACAUCCCACCGGUAUAGCCGCUGUCUCCCCUCGGUGCUGGCUAGCUGACUGUGUCCCGAGCACCCAACUAUGCAAAGAAUGCCUUAUAUACAUUGUGUUUAAGUAACAUGGCAAUAUGUACAUCGAGCAAAGUCUAUAGUUGAGUCCAGAUUUUUGCUAGUGGCAGUGAGUCAAACUAUUUCUUCAACUCAAAUGGCUGUCUGGGUAUUUUUUACUUUCGUUUGUUUUGUUUGUUUUGUAUCUGAUGGUGGCUCUUAUACAAAGGACUGUAAUUCUAGUGGCUUGAAUCUGUAAAAAUUGCCUUUGUUUGGUCCAAUAAACCUUUGAAUAGUUUA